AUGCAAAGUAAGGCAAAAAUACAUGAUGUGGAUUUAGCUAUUGCUAUGUGGUUUUAUGAUGCAUAUAUACCUAUGAAUGCUUGCAACUCUCCUUUUUUUCAACUUAUGGUAGAUAAAAUAGCAAGUACUGAUUAUGGAUACAAAGCACCUAAUUAUCAUGCUCUAAAGGUUAAUUUAUUGACAGAUGCAAAAAAGUCAGUUUCAUUGAUAAUUGAUUCGUUAAGAAGUCAAUGGGUUGAUACUGGAUGCACAAUUAUGAGUGAUGAGAGCAAUGCUACAAAUUUGUGUAAUUUGUUUGCUGAGAUUGUUGAAAUGGUAGGAGAAAAAAAUGUGGUGCAAAUGGUAACUGAUAUUGCUGCUAAUUACAAGCUUGCUGAAUUGGAUAAUGUGAAAAGUUUGGUCAAUCUUGCAUCGAGGGUUACUGUUUUUGUGUAUAAUCAUAAGUGGCCCUUGAAUUGGUUAAGAAAAAGACCCGGUUGGAAAGAAAUUAUCCGUCCAGGUGCUACUCAGUUUGGUACCGUGUUCAUUGCAUUGCAAAGUUUAUAUGAUCAUAAAGAAGACUUACAAGCAAUGGUCAUAUCUAAUGAGUUUAAGAAGAUGUUGAAAGUGGGAAAUGUGGUUGAAUGUAAACAAAUUGUCUUGAAUGAAAUCUUUUGGAAGAAUUGUUUGAUUACAGUGAAAGUAAUGACUCAUUUGUUAAAGCUUUUGCGAUUGUGUGAUUCGGAUGAAAAACCUACAGUUAGUUAUGUUUACGAGGGAAUGUGUCGGGCAAGAAGAGGGAUUAAGGAAUUGUUUAAAAAGAAGAAGAAAUAA